GGCGGUCGAAGUGUGGCGGGGGCUUGCAGGCGAGGGGCCGAAGCGACAUGCGCUGGGCGCGGAGACACAGAGAGAGACGAGAGAAGUGGCGGGAGGACUGCUCGCUCGAGCGUCGGGCGAAGCGACACCCGGGAGGGAGAGAGAGAGAGAGAGAGAGAGAGAGAGUUCUCCAUCGAUAGGAUGAGCAACGCACCGGCCAACAGCGCAGGGGAGCGAGGGAGGGAGGAGGGAUCAAGAAGAAGGACAGCGAUGGAGGGGCCGACGACAAGAAAGUGUUCGGCGAGGCGCACUACAAGGACAUGGGGCGUUUGCUACUUGAUGGUGGUUAUGGCCAUAGCCAUGUUCGUGGCUGCAGAUGUCGGGCUUUUCCCUAGCAGCGGCGCUACGGCCGCUGAAGCUGAUGACGUUAGUGUGUCUGCUAUCGGUAGUGCUGGUGAAGGCGGUGAAGAGGGGGCAACAGAGGGAGGCGGAGGCGCAGCCACGUGGACGAAAGGCGAGGCCGCAGCCACGUGGACGAAAGGCGAGGCCGUAGCCACGUGGACGAAAGGCGAGGCCGUAGCCACGUGGACGAAAGACGACGCUCGCAACGCUUUGACAGCUAGAAGAGAGAAAUGCGUGCAGGAUGUGGCUUUGGACUCGACGGGGACCUGCACCGGGUCACUUGUUGACAUGGAGAACUGCGUUCUGAAGUGCAUGGCUCCUACGUGCUACGGGGAGAUCUAUGGUCGGGAUCCCUUGGAAGAAGGAGAGAUAGACGUCCGGGGCAGGAGGUUUAGGAGGUGCGCUCGAGGGUAUAUCAGGCAGCUUCGGGCUCAGGACCUUGCGUCUGCGAAGGCGCAGCAGCAGCAGCAGCAGCAGCAAAGGAAACCGUCUUCAGAGCGCGAGGAGGAGGGGGAGGAGGAAGACGAAGUGGAAGAGGAGGGGGAAGUGGAGGGGGAAGUGGAGGUCAUUGGGGUCUGAUUCCCCUCAUCUGGUUGUUAAUCUUAACUAUAGUGGUGUACAUAUAUUCGCUCUAAGGGUUAGGGUUGCAGCCAGUCGUAACCUGAUGAUGUUCGUCAAGGGAUUCAUCCAUUCGUUUGUCCAUUCGUUUGUCCAUUCGUUUGUCCAUUCGUUUGUCCGUACGACCGUACGGCAAUUCUUUUUUUUCUUCUUUUUUUAAUUUCAUUUUUUUUUUUUUGUUGACUUCAAUUCUUUUUCCGACUGUAGUAGUAGUAGUAGUAGUAAAUUUUCGUCGCUUUUUUUUUUUUUCUUUUUUUUUCUUUUUUCCUGAAGAGUUUCGAGGAGCGAGCGAUAGCGCCUAUUUGGUGGAGGUGGAAUUGGAAUCUCCUCGACUCAGAUGAACUUUCGUGGUAAACUCCCCGAGAG